AUGGACUAUGUCGAGCAUCGCAUGGCUCACGAAGCCGUCAGAGAAGCCGCUGACUCCGCCGGCAUUCUCACGCCCCUCAACGCCAUCCUCGCCUUGAUCCUCCUCUACUCGCUCCAUGCGACCUUCUUCCGCGGCGCUUCCUCGUCCAACCGUUCGCUGCACCGUCCCCCGCCGCCCGUCGUCUUCCGAACCUACACGCCGCGCACCCUUCUCCCCUUCAACGGCGAGAACGACGGUCCAGUCUAUUUCGCCGUUCGUGGCCGCGUCUUCGACGUCUCUCGCGGCCGCAACUUUUACGGGCCCGGAGGCCCGUACUCCAACUUUGCUGGUCGCGACGCCAGCCGCGGCCUCGCCUGCGGGAGCUUCGAUGAGGAAAUGCUGACAAAGGACCUCGAUGGCCCGCUCGACCCUCUCGACGGGCUGGGCAGGGAUGAGCUCGAGGCCCUUCAAGGCUGGGAGGAGAGGUUCCUGGAGAAGUACGACGUUGUCGGCAAGCUGGUAUCUGCUCACGAGUAUGGAGAAAGCACCGGCCCCAAGUAG